AUCGGAGAUUACAGUGGGACCACGGUUAGAAGUGAGCACCGUCUCCGCGCUCCUCAUAAAGUCUCCUCAGCGAACUCUCUGAUCGAUGCAUUUGAUGCGCGAGACGGCCAGUCUGGUGGGCCUCGCCGACGCUUGAUACCCGAGGAGAGGAUCCUCGGCGAACAAAGCGCAGCACUCAUCUACGAAACCUUCCUUGGUUUCUCGCCGCCUUCCGAGUCCGUGUUGUCUCGCAGGAUCUCGGCCAUGGCGAUCGCCGUGGCGUUGGUGGUGGUUCCUCUUGGUCUUCUGUUCCUUCUCCCAGGGUUAAUCGUGAAUCUCAUUCAGGCUACGCUUUUCAUAACAAUACGGCCUUUUUCGAAGAGCAUAUACAGGAGGAUUAACAGAGUGGUAGCGGAACUACUGUGGCUCCAGCUUAUAUGGCUUGUUGACUGGUGGGCUGGUGCCAAGGUCCAGUUACAUGCAGAUUCCAAAACUUAUGAUGCAAUGGGUAAAGAGCAUGCUCUUGUGAUUUCCAACCAUAAAAGUGACAUUGAUUGGCUUGUUGGAUGGAUCUUAUCUCAGCGGUCAGGUUGUCUUGGUAGCACUUUAGCUGUCAUGAAAAAGUCAUCCAAGUUUCUUCCGGUCAUUGGCUGGUCAAUGUGGUUCACUGAAUACCUCUUUCUGGAAAGAAGCUGGGCUAAGGAUGAGAAGACUCUAAAGCUGGGUUUACAACGGCUGAAGGACUUUCCUCGACCAUUUUGGUUGGCACUUUUUGUUGAGGGCACACGAUUCACACCAGCAAAACUUUUAGCAGCACAAGACUAUGCAGCUUCACAGGGUCUGCCGUUACCUAGAAAUGUUCUCAUUCCUCGUACCAAGGGUUUUGUAUCUGCUAUUAGUAUCAUGCGUCCUUUUGUCCCUGCUGUCUAUGAUGUAACAGUUGCCAUUCCUUUGGAUCAAUCUCCUCCUACAAUGCUUAGGCUUCUGAAAAGGCAAUCUUGUGUGGUACAUGUCCACAUAAAGCGCUAUGCAGCGACAGAUCUUCCUGAAACAGAUGAUGGAUUGGCUCAGUGGUGCAGAGACAUAUUUGUAGCUAAGGAUGCUUUAUUGGAUAAAUACAAAGAAGACGGCACUUUUGGUAUCGAACAAAGGCUACUUGGUCGACCAGUAAAGUCUUUGCUAGUGGUUGUAUUUUGGUCGUGUCUUCUGUCAUAUGCUACAUUCAGAUUCUCCAAACGGUCUCAAUUGUUGACAACAUGGAAAGGAGUUGGAUUCACCUCUGCAGCGUUAUUGCUGGUUAUUGUAGUCAUGCAGAUAUUUAUCCGUUUCUCUCAGUCUGAGCGUUCUGCCACUGCUACAGCCGCAAGGAACCGAGUAAAGAAAGAUUAACUGGAGCUUGAAGCCACUUGGUAAGUCCAAGCGUAGCAAAUUUUAUGCAUCUCUUUUACUUUUAUCGACGAUCUGUUGCUCAGCCACUCUGAUUUACGAGUGUCACGCUCGAUGGUGAUAAUUUGACUGUAAUUGAUGUCAUAUUGAGGAACUACAUAGAACUCACUCUUAGCCUAUUUCAUAUGGAAAAAUCAACCAUAUUCACUACAUUCUCUUUAGGAUGAGAUGAUGGAAAAACAUUUUGUUGCACAUCAGUUGUUAGGAUAUUCGGAUGGAUGAACGCUUUAUAUAAUUUUAUUGGUGAAGAUUUAGUUU